CGUUCGUCAGCUCCGCCGGGCCGGCACGCUGCCGCCCAUGGCCAACCGUCCCGAUCGCAACUCCCGGCCUUCUCCAUCACCCGCAGACCGCACAAGAUCCAGGACGGAACUCUGCCCCCCUCAUCAUCGCCCUAUCGACGCCACCUUUCCACCGACGCCUUCCUGCCUCCUCGCCAUGCUCAUUCUCCCUUCCGUUGCCUCGGGCACCAAGGCCGAGUUCUAUGCCAGCCUGAGCCACCCACAAACCCUGGUCCUGGGUCCGUUCCAGGGCCGAAUCGCCUGCACCGUCAUCCCGUUUGCAAAAGGCGUUUGCGGUGCCGCAGCCUCCCGACGAGAGACCGUCGUCGUCAAGGACGUCCACGAGUUCCCCGGACACAUCGCCUGCGACUCGGCCAGCCAGAGCGAGAUCGUGGUGCCGCUCGUGGCCCCGAGCAACGAAUCCGAGAUCGUCGGUGUCCUGGACAUUGACGCCUCCGAGAAGAACGUCUUUGACGAAGAGGACAAGGCUGGAUUUGAGCUUCUCGUUGCGGUGCUGAUGCAAAAAUGCAAGUUCUAGAUGCUGUCUGCUGCGACAUCGCUGGCGCUGCAGGUUGCGCUGCAGGUUGCGCUGCAGGCUCGAGACCCUAUCUGGACAAAGCGUUAAUACAGUGGACUUAUUUUCAAA